GCGGGGGCUCUCCUCCCGGCACGCCGGGGCCGGCAGCGCUGGGUUGGGCCCCGCCGGGCCCCUGCGGCGCGGAGGGAGGGAGGGGGUAUCGCCGCUGCCCGCCGGCCGGCGGAGGGUGGCUGUUUGAGCCCCUUAACGGUUACGGGGCUCGGGUCCCCCUCAUCGUUCUCGUUCUCUGCCCCAGCAGCGCUCCGGGAGGGUUGUCGCUUGGCAGGGUAGUAAUGUUCUAAGAAUGUCAUCAGGUGUGCAAAUAAAACCAAAGACUGCAGUACAGAAAAGUAAGGCAUCCUCUCCUUUGCCAUGUUCUCCGGAACCUGCAACUAAACCACAGCCAAAGCCUAGUGACAAGCUGAAUCCCAAAACUAUUGAUCCGUUUGGUACUCCUUCUAGAACAACUUCUGCAUUUGCCGCUAUAUAUGCUAAAGGUGGCAUUCCGUGCAGGUUAGUGCAUGGCUCAGUAAAGCACAGACUGAAAUGGGAAUGCCUUCCUGAAACUGUUCCUUUUGAUCCUCUUCUUGUAACACUGGCAGAGGGUCUGAGAGAGACAAAACAUCCCUAUACGUUUGUUUCAAAGGAGGGUUUUAAAGAAUUACUUAUGGUUGAAGGUGCUACUGAAAAAGCAAUUCCCUUGUUGCCUCGUCUAGUUCCAGUGUUAAAGGCUGCAUUGGCCCAUUCAGACGAUGAAGUAUUUGAAAGGGGAUUGGAUGCUUUAGUUCAACUGAGUGCUGUUGUUGGCCCGUCUCUUAAUGAUCAUCUUAAGCAUCUGCUCACAAAUCUUUCAAGGAGAUUGAUGGACAAGAAAUUUAGAGAAAAAAUUACUGUUGCUUUACAGAAGUUGGAGCAAUAUGGUGGAAAGGCGACUGUGGCUAUCAUCAAAUCUAAAAUUCCAACCUAUUGUUCUAUAUCCUCUUGAACAAAAAAAAAUCUGUAGUGAGUUGUACUGUGAGGUCAAGUUUGAAGAUAAACUGCCUGUGAGCGUCACUGACACUUCUUUGUGGUAUGCUAUGUUCUCUUAAACUAAUCACAGUUCUUCUUCAGUGUAAUGGAAAGUGGGAAACAUCCCAUCAGUUUGUGAAUAUAUAAUUAUGAGAGAAUGUUUAAAAUAAUUUUCUAUUGGCUGUUAUUUAUGUAUGCAUUGUGCUUACAAGGACACUGACAAAUUGGCUAUUAUUUCAAAGGCUGAGUAAAUAUAGAUUCAUAUUUUGUUGUAAAUUACAUUUUCCUUUAAUAGAUCUGCUUAGUGUGUUUUGUAGAUUUGUAUGAUGCAAAAUAAUUUGUCUGUAGUUACUUAAAUGGGAACUCACAUAGUGCUAAAUUACCAUGCGCUUUUGAAACAUUUAACUUAUUUUAUGCCACAGGCACAGAUGGAUGCAGUUUGGAUUCAUCAGGACUUAGUGGAUUAGACAUAGAACUAAAAGAACUCACCUAGACUUUUUGAGAGUCAGCUUUUGAAGGUAUGAAGCUGUAUGUACCGUACAGGUAGCAAGCUGUAUUUGCUCAGUGCGUACUGGGCAUGUUGUUUUCAGAAGCUGAAAGAGCAUUUGUCCAUGAGCAUACUUGAGCUUGAUUGCAAAAUGUGGACCAACAGAUCUUGAAAUAAAUUAUGUUCAGGUUUGUUGUUUUGUGUAUUUGAGUUACCCUGUGGGGAAGAACUAACUGACUGAAGUGGUAGCUAAUUUAAUUCAGAACUGUGGUUAAGUUCUGUGCUAAGUCAAGAUAUAUAUAUUUAAGCUUUUUAAAAUUAAUUUUGUUGGCAGAAAUGUUAAAUCUGAAGAAAUACAAUUAUUUAACAACACAAAAAAUUGAUCAUGCUGGUUUUUCUUUGUUUACUUUAUUUCUUUUUUUUUUUUUUUUACAAAAUGUGCACAUUUAGUUUACACAAACACGCUACAGCAAAUUUCGGGUGUACAUGUAUUGUACUACUCUUAUCCUACACUGGUGAUAGCAGAGCAGCCUUCAACAUGCCUCUAACAUCCCAUCUCUACACCAGAAUAGAUACCUGAUUUAUUUAUUUUUUUUGCGAAAGAAUGUUUGCCACAUUCUUUCUAUUUAAUUAAUCCCAUUUCACGUUUUCUGCAGCAAUGUCACAAUGAAGAUUGGCUUCUCUCUGAUAGCAUUUCACCUAUUUUGAAGUAUUGGCAUAAAUCUCUGGACAACGUAUCUUAAAAAUUACAUGUAUUGGAGGGGGCAUACGUUUUAAUUCUGAAUCUAGAUAAAGCUUGCUCCAAUCUUAAUGAAGAAAUUAUCCUAAAAAUUUAAUGCACUUAUCACAUAUAGAUGAUAUUGUAUAGCUGAAGCUUCAUUUUUUUUCCUAAUUCUUUCUCAUAAUUAAAGAUAUUACAAAAAGCUGACACAGAUGUUAUCCUGUCUAGAAUUCAUUAUUAGUAGAUGUUACUACAUAGUGAUAUUCAGCCUGCGCACGGAAGAGGAACGGAAGUUUCAAAGGAACUUCAUGGUUUUUUUCUUCAUUAAAGGCAACAAGACACAUACCCAUGAACACAGUGUUAGGAUCCAGUUAAGUUUUCUUCAUGAAAAAUUCAAGGUCAGAAGAUUCUUAAUUUUAAGCAAAGAUCUUUGUGUAUAUGCCCAAGAAUAAUUAGUAAUAUAGUAUGUAAGGACUCCUGAUAUUCAUGUCAUGAAAAAAUAAAUGCAGAUUUAAUAGAUAAGUAUGAUUAAUAGAAGCUUACUAGUAUUUGUUAGGGAAUAAAUCUACCUAAGCAAUUAUCAUUUUUAAGUUUGUGUUACAUAACAUCUCUUCCUCUCAAGUUAUUUAUUUUGUUAGGUUUGGGGUUUUGGUCUUCUUUUUCGAAGAGGAGAGAAGCAAGUUAAAGGUGGAAGGCAAUUGCAGCAAGCUGUGCAUUGCACAUAGCACAUUAAGUUAAAUUAUUAUU